ACGGAUCAGUCACACUGGGACAUUUAGUUGAAUGAACUGUGUGUUGGUAGAUUCUACUUUGCAGAAUAAGAGUAUUGAUUUUCACGUAUUGUUUAGAUAAUGGAACCAAAUCCUGUAAUUAUCGCUGCCACAGCCAAACAAACGGCGUCUCUAAUAUUUCUUCAUGGUCUGGGUGACACUGGCCAUGGUUGGGCAAAUACAAUUGCUGCUAUUCGUGGCCCUCACGUUAAGGUAAUAUGUCCGACUGCCGCUACGAUGCCAGUGACGUUGAAUGCAGGUUUUCGUAUGCCGUCGUGGUUUGAUUUAAGAACAUUAGAUGCUACAGCUCCUGAAGAUGAAGAGGGAAUAUUAAGAGCCACUGAACAUGUUCAUCGUCUCAUUGCUAAUGAAAUUAAAGCUGGUAUACUCCCCAACAGGAUAUUGCUAGGCGGAUUUUCUCAAGGUGGUGCAUUAGCACUUCAUGCCGGUUUGACAUAUCCAGAACCUCUAGCUGGAAUUAUGUCAUUAUCUUGUUGGUUACCACGACAUGCUCAUUUCCCGGAUGCAGUAAAGACUUCUAAAGAGUUACUCAUAUUCCAAGCUCAUGGUGACUGUGAUCCAGUAGUUCCAUUUAAAUGGGGACAAAUGACUGCUUCAUUCCUCAAGACUUUCAUGAAAAAUGUUGAAUUCACAACAUACCAGGGGUUGACACAUAGUUCUUCAGAUGCGGAGCUUAAAGAUAUGAGAGCUUUUAUAGAAAAAACACUGGCUGCUUAAGAGAAAUAGUUAAAAUCCUUGUAAAAGUACAGAAUAUAUUUUUGUUCGACCUCGAGUUGAAGUUGCAAUAGUUACACUACUGUUAGAAUUUUAAUGUAUUAUAGCUAUAAACCCAUCAUGCUGUUCUAUUUCUGUGGCUUAGUGUACAUUAGUAUAAGAUAUUAAAAGUACCUAAUAGUAUAAAAUAUGGGAAAAAGAUUGGAAGUCAGUAGGUAAUUACAUUGUUGAUCCUACUUUCAUCAAUUAAGUUUUAUCAUGUUCUUUAUUUCAAGUUACUCUGAAAAUUAACGCCUAAUUAGGUAAAUACCUAGGUAACUUAAUUGAAAUAAUAAAUAAUUAUAUUUAAAAAGAGUAUUAAUAUUUUAAUCUCAUGCAUAGAUUACUAAUUACGAUUCGUCCUUUCCAAUCAUCUUUAUCAAAAGUUAUAAAGCAGAGCAAUUUAUGACAUCCUAACAUUGUGUGCAAUACGUAAUUAAACAAAUCCAUAGAUGUAA